AUGGCCAGCCACUACUUCGCCGGCCUCGAUGGGCCACUGUCCACCGGUCCAGAUGUGCCCACGACACCAGGAUCGGAGGGGUCAGGGUCAGGGCCAGGGCCAGGGCCAUUAUCGGCUUCGCGACGAAGUAAUGCCCUGACGACGAAACUCGCGGGUGUUCUAUCCUCAUCGUUUGCCGACCACGAAACCCGCGAUGCGCUCCGCGUGCUCGACGGGCGCGGGAUACAAAGUGACGAAGAGACCAGAAGAAAUCUAAAGGCCGCGGCGCAGAAAGAGGUGAUAUCCUGCAAUGCAAAGAUUGUGGACGAUUUUGGACAGGUUGCGGAGCAACUCAAACGCGUGGGCGCCAUGAUCGCAACCCUCAACCAGACAUGUGCCUCAAUGCGGCACCACAUCGUGGCCGCCAAGCAAGAAACCGGCCCAAUGCUCGAAGAAGCCAGCACACUGCUAACACGCAAACAAGAGACCGAAACGAAACAACAGCUCCUAAACGCCUUCAACGCACACUUUCUAGUAUCCCCCUCCGACCUCGACAUCCUAACCAGCUCCGCGGAACCAGUUGACGAACGAUUCUUUGCCGUUCUAGACCGAGUGAAACAGAUUCACCGAGACUGCGAAGUUCUAUUAGGUUACGACACCGAGAACCAGCGCCUUGGAUUAGACCUCAUGGAACAGACGGCACGACAUUUGGACGCGGGCUUCAAGAAACUAUAUACUUGGAUCCAGCGCGAGUUUCGGGCAUUGGAUCUUGAAGACCCGCAUAUUUCGGCCUCGAUCCGUCGCGCCCUGAGGGUUCUGAGUGAACGGCCUACAUUGUUUCAAAAUUGUUUGGACUUUUUCGCAGAGGCCAGACAGUCGACUUUGGCCGAGUCGUUCCAUACUGCUCUGACCGGCGGAGCCGUACCCGGAUCAGGUAAAGCCAUUGAAUUUUCAACCCAUGAACCAUUACGAUAUAUAGGCGACAUGCUAGCCUGGGUCCACUCGGCGGCCGUGUCGGAAAAAGAAGCCCUCGAAGGUCUCUUUGUAUCGGAUGCAGACGAGAUCGCAAAGGGUCUCUCCUCGGCCGCCCAGGCCAGCGAGCCAUGGGCACGUAUCCCAGGCCGUCGAGUUUCAUCAUCAACCUCAAUAUCUUCAUCCUCCUCUUCCCCCACCUCUACCGAAGAGCAAAAUCAAAACCAAAAAGACCAAAAAGAACCAGUCUUCGACGGCCGCAAGGCUCUAUCCGAACUCAUCUCGCGCAACCUCGCCUCCGUCUGCGAAACGCUCCAGUCGCGCAUCGACAUCGCCGUGCGAACAAACACCGACCCUGUUCUAGCCUUUAAAAUCUUCAACUUGUUAGACUUCUACCGCGACAUGUUCGGCAAACUGGUUGGCAGCGACUCGUCACUAACCAAAACAAUGCAAUCCCUACAAACCUCGACACUCGCCCACUUCGAGGCCAUGAUGGAGGAAGAAACCGCCGCCGCAACCGCCACAGCGGCAGAGGAUAGCUCAGCAUCCACAGAUCUCAGUCCACCCGCUUUCCUGACCACGGCUUUGUCCCAGUUUUCAGAAGUCGUCACGGCCAGAGGACCCCAGAUGACGGAGCGGGAAUUGGAACGUCUGUUCGCCGCCAUGCUCGGCGGGAUCCUCAAUGUCUGUGCAGAGGCCGCCGUCCAGAUCCCCGAUGUCCGGCGCAGCACCAUUUACAAGAUCAAUUAUAUGGGUCUCGUGCGCUCUACCCUGGCUUCUCUCUCCGGUCAGGCCCCCGUGGUGCAAAUUCCCCUGGAGAAAAGCGUGGCCGAGAUACACUCCCUGCGCGAUCAGCUGGUGGAGUAUUUGGCCACUACAUUCCUUGAGGAUUCGGGCGUCAGGGACUUGAUGCAACAACUCGAUACGCGCCGAGGCACCAGUCCCGAAAGUGCGAGAUCCUGGCUCGUGGAGAAUCUGGACGAGGCCGCCCAGCGCCUGGACGAGUUCUUGUCUUCAGCCUUCAUGGACGCCCAAGAUUCUUUGAAAAGUGUCGUCGAUCGAACCAUCGCCAAAGACGUCAUUGCCGAGGCAGUGGAGCGAUUCUGCGCGGAUUUCGACGAAUUGGAAGGUCUAUUGGGAGUUAUAAGUGCAGAGAACAUACGACCGGAGGGCGAUGAAGCAAGCCAGAACGACCAAAUAGAAGAACAAGCACCAUCAAUCAGAGGGCUUUAUCCUCGUACCGGCGCAGAAGUUAGGGCUCUACUGAGCUGA